AUGGACUUGAGGAUAGUGUUGCUGGUCUCCGUGGUCCUGACCUUCGAGUUGGUGAAAGGGGCGUUCUUUUACAAUUCUCUGCCGCCCACGGAUCAAGAAUAUGAGGAGCGUGGUUUAAAAUGCAUUCCUGGACAAACUGUUAUAAGAAUUGAGGAGCUAAAACCACCAAAAAAAUUAGCCUCUGAAGAAGAGACCAGAAGGACCCACAUGAAUGAUGCCACUAAAGAUGAAUACUGUCAGAUUUGCGUGUGCUCUGUGGAAGGAAAAGAGGAAUAUUGUAGCCGGAGACCAGCCAGGAAUGUGAACGAGUGCAUUAGAAUCGCAAUUUUAAAGAAGAAUAUAGAAAAGAAUUUGCCCUUCUCUCAUGAAAGGGCGUUGUCGUUUAGGAUUAGGCGAGAUUAUAUCUGGCAUUACGACGAAAUACCGUACGCAUCCAAAGCCAGAUGCAGGCGAGCCGUAAGCUACUACAGCAACGAUAUGAACGCCAACAACACCGACAUCGACGUCCCGAGCGACGUGGAGUCUCUGUUAGAUUACACAAAUAAGCAGAUUUGCUUUUACUGCGUGUGUUCUGUAGAUGGCACGUAUGCUGGAUGCAUCCCGAGAGACCAGUGGUUUUGUGAAUAUUAUAGAAUUAUUAGGGAACCCCACGCUAUGAGAGAAAGUUAUAAAAAACUCUUCCAACAAGAUCGACCAGCGUAUUUCAGGCACUUGUCGUACAGAUUGAGAAGAACGAUGGAUGAUGGCAUGAAUACGUUCAUGAAUAUUGGAGGUGAUGCACUGUGCUGCGACCACCCGGACGGACACCGACGGAACUUGCAUGAACAGGUCAGGAACAGGAUGCGGAUGAUGAGGAGAAAAGUGCCCAAGGAGAAUAUCCUCGCUGGAAGCCCUAGAGGCGAUUAUGUCGACUUUAUCGUUAAUAAUGAU